AAACAUAAGCUCACGUGAGUGAGUUGCCAAUCCCCUUCCUCCACUUAUGCUUUGAGGGAGCCGGAGUACGUACGUACAUGAUCUGAGAGCUUGAGCUAGCUAGCUAACUACAGUACGUCGUGUUAUUAUAUUGUUGUCAAGAUGAUUACUACUGCUAGGGUGUUCCGAAUUUGUCCACUUGGUCUGCAAGUGCGCUACCUGAGUGCUGGUACUGGGCCUACCACGAAGCUCUUCAUCAAUGGCGAAUUUGUCGAGUCAAAAUCUGAUCGUUGGAUUAAAAACUACAAUCCUGCAACGAAUGAAGUUUUGUCUCUAGUACCUUGUGCAACACAAGAUGAAAUGAACAGUGCUGUUGAUGCUGCCAAGCGAGCAUUUCCAGAUUGGAAGUCCCGUAGCAUCCUCUCUAGACAGCAAGUUAUGUUUAAGCUGCGGGAGCUGAUCAAGAACAAUAUGGGAAAGGUAGCAGCAUCUAUUACAUCAGAGCAGGGCAAGACUCUUGCAGAUGCUGAGGGGGAUGUGCUGAGGGGUCUACAGGUAGUGGAGCACUGCUGCUCUAUCACUAACCUUCAGCUGGGAGAGACCCUUGGAAGUGUGACAAAGGACAUGGACACAUACAGUUAUCGUGAGCCAAUUGGAGUGUGUGCUGGAGUCACUCCAUUCAAUUUUCCGGCGAUGAUACCGCUUUGGAUGUUUCCCACUGCUCUGGUGUGUGGUAACACAUUUGUGCUGAAGCCCAGUGAACAGGACCCUGGAGCUUCAAUGCUUCUUGUGGAGUUAGCUAAAGAAGCAGGAGUGCCGGAUGGUGUAUUGAAUGUCAUCCACGGUCAAAAAGAAUCUGUUGACUUCAUUUGUGACAAUCCUGAGAUCCGUGCCAUCUCCUUUGUCGGAUCAGAUCGUGUUGGUAAACACAUCUAUGAUCGGGGAUCGGCCAAUGGGAAGAGAGUUCAGUCUAAUAUGGGUGCCAAGAAUCAUGGAGUGAUAAUGCCUGAUGCUAACAAGGAGCACACUAUCACACAGCUUGUUGGAGCAGCUUUUGGUGCUGCUGGUCAACGUUGUAUGGCCUUAUCCACCGCCAUCUUUGUGGGUGAGACCAAGGAAUGGAUCCCUGACAUCAUUAAGAAAGCCGAACAGCUUAAGGUCAAUGCAGGAGAUCAACCUAGUACUGAUUUAGGGCCAGUUAUAUCUCCUGAAGCCAAGCAGCGUGUUUUGGAUCUUAUUCAGAGUGGAGUCGAUGAAGGAGCAAAGCUUGUUCUCGAUGGGAGAGAUAUCUCUGUUCCUGGUUACGAGAAUGGGAAUUUUGUUGGGCCCACUAUCCUGUCUGAAAUUACUCCUUCAAUGACAUGUUACACAGAAGAGAUCUUUGGACCUGUGCUUGUAACACUUAAUGCCAAUGACCUUGAUGAGGCCAUUGAAAUUAUCAACAAUAAUCCGUAUGGAAAUGGUACUGCUAUCUUCACAACUUCUGGUGCUGUUGCAAGAAAAUUCCAGGAGGAGAUUGACGUUGGCCAGGUUGGGAUAAAUGUCCCUAUUCCAGUGCCUUUGCCAAUGUUUUCAUUCACUGGAUCAAGGGGGUCAUUUAGAGGAGAUAUCAAUUUUUAUGGGAAACAGGGCAUUAACUUCUACACCCAGACGAAGACAAUAACCAGUCUUUGGAGACAGGAAGAUGCUGCUGGUGCAAUGCCUACAGUCAUGCCCACAAUGAAGUAGCAUAGAAACAAUACUACAAUAUUGACAGCUCUACAGUUAUAUUAUAUUAGUUAUGUUGAUACAACAUUGCAUUGACAAAAUAAACGUGUAUUAGCAUAGAAACAAUACUACAAUAUUGACAGCUCUACAGUUAUAUUAUAUUAGUUAUGUUGAUACAACAUUGCAUUGACAAAAUAAA